AUAAUGCUGAUAAAAGUAAUCAAUAUUUAGCUAAUGAUAUGUUAUUAAAACUCCUUCAUAUAGCAGAUAGUGAGAAGUUAGAUUCUGAAAUAAUACUAAAAGUAGAAAUAAUUGAAAACUGGACUAGUAGAUAUUUUGUAGCUUGA